AUGGAAACAACCGCUUCACCAGCAAUGCCGUUCUAUCAAGCUGGCAAUCACGAUUUACAAGGGAUUGAUGCCAUCUUCUUCGACCUGGAUAACACACUUGUUCCAACUCGAGCUGUCGACGAACGCGUCUGUAAUGAGGCUGAAGAGUGUGACAAUCAUGCUCUCAAGCUACUCUAUGAUGCUAUUGGGUUCGAGUUCCUCAAUCGCCUGCUCAGGUCCACUGAAGUUCCUCAGGACUGCCCACCAUUCAUCUACAAAUCAAUUGCACUCUCCAUAGUGAGUUGCUUCUGCAGUGUCCCGGAAAUUGUCGAGUCCCAGUCCAUAAUGAGCAUCAUCCCAGUUCUCUUAGAAAUUGUCAGUACCUCUGACACUGAAGAUAUGGAGGACAAUCUGAUGCUAGUCUCUGAUUGCUAUACUUGCCUGCAAGCCAUUGCCUUUUUUGAAUCUGGAAGAAAGGCAUUGCUUAGCCAAGGGUGCUUGCUGAAACUUACAGAGGUCUACGUGGAAGAAAUGUUUCGACAUGACCAAGCUCUGCAAUUACUAGUCUACAUUUCCUCAAAAGAAGGCAAACGCCUAUGGGAUGGUCACGAAGAACCGUUUAAACAGCUUGUGAAAAGGCUAGCAAAUGAUUUCAAUGACGAUACGACUGAGAAGAAAUUCGAGCUUUGCAAAAUGCUUUCAGUUUUCCUUGCCAAUGGACCACGAUUAUCGGUCUUCGAAUUACAAAAAGAAGAUUGGCCCCAGCAUACAUUAUUGACGCUUGAGAGCAUCCUAUGUAGCCGUAUUGGAACAUCGCAACGAGAUAGUGCUUUGCAGCUGAUUGCACGUCUUCUGGAAAUUAUGGGUAUCGGAUGGGGUCUAAAGUUCGGACCUAAUCCACGCCAAUUCCUGUUACUACUUGUCAACUUGGCUUGUGUUGAAGUACGUAUGAAGCUGGAAGAUAGGACGCUAGAACAAGCAAUAGAAUCAGCUGAUAUUUUGGUUGCUUGUUAUUCGGUUGUUGAGCUUUUCAUCACUUUCAUGACGUCACAAGGCUUUCUCGAUUUCGAUGCCAAACAGAGAGAACAAGCCUAUUGCGCUCUUAAGGGAGCGGUUGGUUCCAUUUUGGCCGUUUUGCACCAAACAGAUGAAGAAUUUUCGCAUGAAUGGACCAUUCCUGUUACUGAUCGCCGAACAGAGUUUGUUUGCGCCUCUAUUCGUAUUCUUGGCUCCUGGCUCGCAGAAGAGACUUCCAGCAUGAAAGAGGAGGUGUGCGCCGUCUUGCCCUUCAUUAUUACAGUCUGUUCGAGGAUGUACGACGAACGCAAGCUGGGCACCAUCAGUGACAUGCCAGAUCCGCUACGCUUCAUGCUACCAGCCUUUUGUCACCUGGCAGCUGAAGAUGCUGCCCGUAAAAUAAUGUUAUGCCAAAAAUUGCCACAACUUCUCUAUGACUACCUACUUUAUCAAUGGAACAUCUUCUCUAAAUGGCUGGCCGUGCAACCAACAGUUGCAGCCGAUUGGUUACACGUCCACACGACACCUGAAGAAGAAGACGUAGCAGAGGCCAACCGACCCGAAUCUGAAUCAGCCAUAAUUCUUGUCUGCGGGGUCUUUAUGAAUCUCACCGUGUUGGAACCAGAGCUUGUUGCCACCGACGUCGUUUUUGCCCAACUCCUCAAGUUUUGCAUCACCAACCUCCAGCCUUUAGUUCAUCGACAGGAUUUCAUCGUCUUGUUAGGUAAUGUGGCCGUCCUCGGUCUCCUCCUCCUGCGUCACCACACCUGGAAAUACGCUCAAGGUGACAGCGCAGUCUUCCGUUACAUCCAAGGCACUGUCUCUUUCUUGUGGGACGCGCACAACAGCGAAGAGUCUUGCGAUUCGCUCAGUCUCGUCAUUUCGUUGCGCUACAAAAAAGACUGGCCAGAUUUGGCCGAACUCUGGUUCCUCGGCAUGCAAGGACUUAGCAACGUCAUGCACAAAUUGGACUGGAUCGUCGAAUUCAUUGUCGAUUCCGGCUGGCCGCAUGAGAUGAUGAAAUCGUUGUCGCGAAUCGUGGCUGGAGCCAUCGAUGCCAACACUCGCACAGCUUACGAAGACUUCCUCUGCUGCCUUUUACGCGCCCAGCCCGCCAAAGUCAAAGCCGUUGUACUGGAAAAUCGCGGUCGACACACAUGUCAGGAGGUCUAUGAAGUCUGGAAAAAGCUGCGCUACACUUAUAUGACACUGGAUGGGCCAGCCGCAAACCUUUUGUCGGCGCUCCGCAAGCACAACUAUACAAUUGGCCUUAUUACUAACGGCCCAUCAAGAUCUCAAUGGGAGAAAAUCGCACAAAUUGGAGCUGAAGACUAUUUUGAUUCUAUAUUGCUGGCCAAAGAGAAUGAAUUUUAUCCACCUAUAGAUCCACCAGAUGAUCCUGAUUGGAAAAAAGAGCUUGUGGUCAGCAAGUUCACAAAAGUGUGCAUGGUAUGUGGUUGCUUAGGUACCAAAUUAUGUGGAGGAUGCAGAAAUGUUAAUUAUUGUACAAAAGAUCAUCAAGUUUUACAUUGGAAAAAUGGACACAAAAUGUUAUGCAAAGAACCGGUUCGUGUGGAAGGAGAAGAUUCCAUGUUUACUUUGCCAGAAUACGAAAUUAUUAUUGAGGAUGAAAAAAUUGAGGAUAAAACUAGUAAACUUUCAAGCUCCGACGAAACUCAACUUAAAGAAUUUGAGAAAAUCCUAAAAGCAAAAAAUCCCACCUUUCAAGAUGAUGAGACCAUCACUGAGUCAUUGGAAGAAUCAGUCGCAGAUGUUCAAGAGGACAAGAUGUUUUUGAAAUUCAAAGAAAAAAUCGAUAGUUAUCCAGAUCAAGUUCUUCGGUAUGGUAAAGGAGAAACUCCUCUGUGGGUGUCGGACUCUAACACACCCUCUAUGAUUCCUAAUUGUGAAUACUGCGGGUCUGAACGAAGAUUUGAAUUUCAGAUCAUGCCUCAGAUGCUGAAUUAUUUGCAGCUGGACAGCAUUUUUGAAGGAGGAGUUGACUGGGGUACUUUGCUUAUUUAUAGCAACCACAUUGUUGAUAUCAAAACUUCGGUUUUGAACGUGAACGGGCGACCUACCUUGGUCACUAUGGAUUACAUCAUGAACAUUCCUUCCAUGGGGAUUGAACAUGAGUCGUUUCGAUUGUCAUAUUAUCCACAUCGUCUGGAUGAGUUCAAAGGCCUACUCAAAGAAGCUUUUGGAGAGACUUGCAAGCAUACUGUUUUCGGUGAUUUUAAGCCACUGGACGAAAUUGCUGAUCCUGCCUUCUACAUUCACCUAGUGGAGAAACUGCCUGAGUAAACUAUGAGUUACAUGCUGAAGUUACUACAGCAUAAUUUGGUCUUAAAAAGACUAAAAGAACUACUUCAAAGAAUUAAGGUUUCAAAACAUACAGAAAAAAAUGUAUAACAAUAAAUUUUUUUUUGUAA